GCAGCCUGGGAGCCUCAGUGUAUGUAAGCGAGGUGGGGCGGAGUGUUCGCGAGUAUUCCCUGAAAAACUUCAUCAAUGUGGAAGCAUAUAUGGCGUGGUUUUCUAGUAUGUCAGGCUUACUGCCAGCAGUAGUCCUGGUUCUCGUUGCGCUCACAGGCGCCGGGAGCAGUGUGGGCGGGCGAGCUGCAGCUGAGUCUGAUUUUACUCCAGGCGUACCUGGGUCAUGGGUGCCAGUGGGUGGGGCGGGGGGCGGCUGGGUGUGGGCGAUGAGGGGGCGGGGCGUGGUGCUACCCUGCCUCCCGCCCCGCCCCGCCCCCUCGCCCCGGGAAGCCCUCGGCGUCACCUGGCUGAAGAAUAACGUCUCUGUGCAGGACCGGCGUCACGUGGUCACAGCAGCGGGCCACCUCAACAUUACCAAGGUGAUCCACCGCCGCUCUGGCAUCACUGACGAGGGGGAGUACCGCUGCCUGGUCACCACUCCCGCCGGCGUCAUCACCAGCGCUCCCAUCACCCUCCGUGUCGCAAGUCUCACCAAGAACUUUGUGGUGAGCCCCUCCAAUGUGACGGUGCUGGUGGGUGAGGCUUUGCGACUCUCGUGCCAAAUUGACUCCCAGCCCCCCGCCUCACUCCUGUGGACCCAAGAUCAACAACCUCUACCUCAACACGACAGGUACACAACCCCUUUCUCAGGAGUUCUGCACAUUGUGGGAGUGCAGGCCAGCGAUGCAGGCACAUACAGGUGCCUGGCGAGCAACACUGUCCUCAGCAAGGACCGUCGGAGCAGCAGCGUGACCGUCACUGUGCUGGAGGCCGGGGAGGAGGAUGUCUUCCGGGCCCCCUCCUUUCUCUCUCCCAAGAAACACCUCAGAGUCAGGCAGGGAGAAGAUGCUGUCCUAGAGUGUCUCACCACAGGGCUGCCUCUCCCUAACAUCUCUUGGCAACGAAAAUUGAAUAUGAGUGAGGGUGAAGCAUGGGAGGACCUUACAAGCCAGACGAAUGGCCUUGUAAUGGGCAGCUAUGGAACACUCACCAUCCCUAACGCCCAGAACACCAGUGCCGGCCGCUACGCCUGCACUGCCAAGUCCCUGAACCCCAUCACCAAGAGCGAAGUCACCAUAUCUCAGGAAAUAGAACUAGAUAUCAUGGUACCCCCGGAAAUCAUCUCCCCUCCUGAGGCACUGGAUACCUUACUGGCCAAAACUGCCCGACUGGACUGCAUGGUCGUGGGCAACCCCCCUCCUCGGGUCACAUGGUACAAAGAUGGCCUCACCGUUAACACGAAGGGCCGCAUAAUUCAGACGAGUGCCAACCAGCUCGUUUUUACCAACUCCAUCACCUCUGACACAGGGCUGUACCAGUGCCUCGCCCACAACGAUGCUGGAUAUGCCUCCAGUUGGGCCCCGAUGGUCAUCAACUCGUCCAAGAACCACCCGGACCCACCCCAAAACCUUCACUAUGUGGUGCUCUCCUCCACCUCAGUCUUGCUCACAUGGGAUGCUGUCCUUCCUACCAGUGAGAAGAUCAAGGCCUACUCCAUUCAUUACUUUGAGUCUGACGCUGAUGAGAUGGAGCGCCAGGCUGUGUCCCAGAACACCUCACACCUUCUGGAGAACUUGAAGCCAAACACCAAGUAUACUGCCUUUGUGCGCGCCUACACCAACUUCCCCUCAGACCAGUCAGAGCGCCUUGUCUUCAGCACUGCCGAGGAUGUUCCCAAGGGAGCUCCUGUCGUGCAAGUGACUCCCAUCUCUCCCACUGUGCUCUUGGUCACCUGGAAGAAGCUACCUCCUGAGCAGGCCCAGGGCAACAUUGUGGGCUACAAGAUUCACUGGAGAAAACAUAACCAUCACUAUUAUCAUGUCAAUGAGGUGUUAGCUGAUAUCCACCAGUUUGAGAUCAGGGACCUCUUCCCUGCCAAGAAGUAUGAGGUGCAGGUCCUGGCGGGCACCAAGGCCGGCUACCCCACCAAGAACAACUGGCCCUGGAUGCCCAUCAGGAUGCCUUCCCGUACGCCCCGCAAUGUGCCACUGCCACCUGUUGUGACGCUCAAGGUGGUGAAUGACACGUCACAGACCAACAAGCUGGCCAUCAAGAUUAACUGGAAGCUUCCAGCAGAGAACAAAGCCGAGGUGGAAGGCUAUAUGCUGAAGUACAGGCGGCAGGAACGGCAGUGGAAGGGUCCCAUCAACCUCCCUCCCUCUCAGACCUCCUACACCAUCAACAAUCUUGAGGCUGAUUGGUAUGAAGUGCAGGUGAAGGCAUUCAGUGUUGAUGGGGAUGGGGGUGCCACAGAGCAGAUAGUGCAUACCAUGCCCCCUAACCCCAACACCACCAUGCCCCCCACCGCCUCUUGGAACAUAUACCAGCUGGAGGCUGAUCCAAGGUCUCAGACCAGCAUUCACCUGUCCUGGCACCUUGCCGAAGGGCAGGAAGGGGCACCUUACUACACCAUCAAGUACCAGCAGGUCUCACUGUCAACAGAUGCUACGAAGGAGAUCUUUGCAUGCAGUGAAACUCCAGAGACUGUCAUUACUGGACUGAAGCCGUUCAGCACAUAUGAGUUCAGGGUGCGUGCCCACGAGUCUGACACUGUGUACGGCCCGUACAGCCCCGCCGUGCAGGCCAUCACCAUGGGCAGCUUGCCCUCAGCUCCAGAGGAAAUCACAUAUGAACCGACUGAUGCUUCAACGAUCCGCCUCAAGUGGGAGACACCAGACAACCAGGCGGAUGACAUCAAGAAGUAUGAGAUCCUCUUCACCCUGGACAAGAAGAAGCCGCUGUCCAAGUGGGAGGUGCAGGAGGUGGACGGCGAGACAGACGUUGCCACGGUGAAGGGACUCAUUUCCAAUACAGAGUACUGGUUCAUGGUCCGCAGCUGCACAGUAACAGGAUGUGGCACUGCAACAGAGCCACUUGCUGCCACCAUCCCUGCCAUUCUCCCAUCACCCCCAGACAUCUCCCCAGAGAUACUAUACCUGAUCUGUGGCUUGGUAGCAUUUGUGUUUGUGUUUCUCAUCGUCCUCAUCACUGUGUACAUCAUCAAGUACCGCAACGUGACCUCCCAGCCACGUGUCUUAUCCUGCAAUGGCAAUGGCCACAUCAAUGGCAAGCGGGUCACAGCCGGGGCCAGCAAGGGUCGGUUGGGUGGCCCUGGAGACAGUGAGGGCCAGGAGAUGGAGGUGUAUGUGCCCAUGCUGACACAGAUUCCACCUGACUUCAAGUCCCCACCUCUGGACACCAAGGGUGGGUACCCAGACACUUGGCUCAAUGGACUAAGCAACUCUCGCUGCAAUGGAUAUGUGCAGUCCCGGGAGCACUCCCUAGCAGGUGCUGCUCCCAGUGCCCCUGUCCAGGGUGGAUCAGAGGAGGAAAAAGAACAACUUGUUUUCGGUGCUGGAAGUAGUAAUGGUGCCACAGCCCAGUGUGCCUCUUCUAGCAGCCAGCCUCCACCAUCAUCUCUGCAGGCAGCUAGUGAACAAAGUCCCAGCAGCCGCUCCCCCACCACCACACCCCCGCCCUCCCCAGCCCACCAUCUCAAUCACAGCACCACCUCGCAUGAUGGUCUUAACAACGUCACCAGUCUGACGACCCUUAGUGUGGCAGAGGGUGAAGGAGGAGCGGCACCAGACAGGACGGGGACAGAUGACACCAGUGAGCACAUCACUGCAGCUGCUGCUGCUGCAUCUGUCACCACCUCCACCCCAUACCAUCACCUUCAUCACCACCACCAUCAUGCAGGCGCUGGAGCGACGAGAGCAGCGUCUCCAAGACCAUCACUGACAAUGGCACAGUAACUGGUGCAGCGCCUGGUUACUGCCGGGCUCACUUCCCUCGCAGGCCCCUGUCACCGAGUCUCCUCUGGUCUGAUGCGGGUAUUGAUACGUAUACAAGGCCUGGCCCAGCCACUGCGGUGAUACAUGCGGCAGCUGUGCCCAUCCAGCCCACAGUGGACUUGAUGCGUGUGCCUUGACCCAAGUGUACAAAUGUUGUCAGCGUGGGUACUCGUGACCACCGAGAAAAUGAGCGGGGCUGGGUCAGGCACCCAUUGUAGCCACUAACAGCUAGGUGUUGUUUGGUGUUCACGUUGUAGCAUUGUGGAUAUGACUCUCGGUCACACAAUUCAGGCUCAGCGUCCCCCCACCCCCCGACUCAGCACGUCAUGAUACAGUUCACUUACCGAGGCUUAUUGAAAGGAGUACAAAACACUAACUUUUUUCCAGAUUUUUAUGUGUAAACUGUGACUAGAGAGCUGUGUCCAGGUGCUCCCUCAUUUCUCUGACAACAAGGUAUCAGGGAUUAUCCUGGCAAAUAACAGUAUGCCUGGCCCCACCCCCAACCCACACCACCACCAUGGCCCCCAAAGCAACUUCUCGCGUCUUCACAACCUCAUUGAGUCGCCAUAUUUGUAUCAGGGAUGGUAAUCUCUUCUCAUAAUUUUCUUUUAUAUAAGACUGUAAUACAUCUUUUAUUUAGGUGUGUUUCAUUUGUCUGCUGGUUCUUAUAUAACAUAAAGUAGUACAAGAGUAAUGGGUUAUUAACACUUUAUGUAUGAGGAAUUGACUUUUAGGCAGCAGUUGUGUUAUGUAACAUUUCCGUGUUUUUACUGUUGAAGCAUUACAGUUUGAAGUCAGGGAGAUUCAUACCAAGAGCAGCCAAGUGCAGGAAUCGUUCCUGCACUCAAUGAUCACAUGCAGCGCUUAUGAUAUUGCAGAAGCUACCUGAACCAUUUUACCGUUUUUAGCUCCUUACCAGGUGGGUGGAGGAUCAUUUUAGAGGAGCAUCCUUGGGAGGUCGGGAGUUGUUAUUUUCUGAUGAUGCUCAUCUGAUGCCCUUCUUCACUCUGAGUGUUAGGACUUUAUCACUCUAUAAAGUGUGUCAGUCCAGGAGUAUUGUGGCUUCUUUACUUGUAAGAACUGUUGCAGCUUUCAUUGCAUUUUCUCAGCAGAUGUCUAGGACAAACUUAGACUGAUUAACUUGAUUCAUUCUUAUCUAUUUAUUGUAUCUUUUGUCAUCUCAUACGUAUAUUCUAUCUAUCUUAAGAAGAAUAUCACAGUAGUAGGCAUUUUACCAACAAAAAUUUGGUAAAUUUGGCCUCUUUGCUGUGUCAGCUUAGCACAGCAGUGAGUGGAAACACUCCCAGUGUAACGUGAUCCUUCACCCACAACUCACUUUGCAUUCCAUACAGACUUCUGACAAGUGGUGCUGUGCCACUGAACUAAAUUACCGUCAGUCAGUUCCCCAAAGGCUCCCUGGUGGGCAGCUCUGGGUCAGCUAGAUGCUUGCACACCUCACAUCCAGUGGCUCCAGGUGGUACUUAAACCCCCAAAGCCCCACAUGGUGCCAAGAAAUUAUAAAGUUGAUAAAGUUGACUCCUGCCAACACUGCCUCAGAACUUGGGCUGAGUAACGGUAACUUUGAUCAGUGCAAACGUCCUCCUCUCAGAGCUCGGGCUUGCCUCUCCCCGGUUCCCAGUAGCACUGGCAGCACCAGCCCCUGUGUGAGCCCUGAUCCUCCACCAGUGUAGCACCACAGGUCUGGAUUACUUAACGAAAUGAUAGAACAGUACUCAAAUCUGUUGUCAGAUGAAAUAUGUUAAAACCACAAAACAUUAGCAAAUUAAUCUAUUAAAAGUGCUGUUUGCUGGUGACAGCCCUUAAAUAUGUGUUAGGCAGCCAUUUGUGCUAAUUUGCCUUAUGAUGAAAUUGUUCAAACCUUCAGGGCAAAAGAUGUGUGUUUGGAAGGGAAGGUAUUUGGCACCACUGGUGUGUGAUGGAGCCUUCUUGUAGAGUCAUGGUGGGGGUUCAGCCUGGCCACUCUCCUGUGUGUGUGAUGUAGCUGACUGUCUGAGGUGGGAGUUUCAUACAUAAGACUUAUUUUAAUAUUUAGUACAAAUCAUAUUCCAUUUACUAACUAUAUACACUGGUUAACUUAAUCCCUGGUAGGACUACUGAAACAAUCUCAGUGCUUUUCUCAAUCUCCAGUUGUACAGAUUGUCAUAAGUCACCCUGCAACACUCUGUGCAGUCAGACCACUGCUCUCGGCUAAACUUAAGACCCCCCUCAUGGCUUUGUAUCAAAGCCCAGAACUGAGAAUGGGAUGCGGUUGAAUGAGUGGCUUUGAUGAGCAGAAGAUUGGGUGUGCAGAGUGAUGUGAACCCCCUUCCUCCCAAGCAAGAAACUUAGCUCAGGCUUUUACCUCAGUUACUGUGUGGAGCUCCAGGAAAUGACAGUGUGAGGAGAUACCCUAUAUACGUAUUUGUUGCCCAUGGAUGAAUAUUGUCUCUAUUAUUAUGAACUCUUAUGUUUGUAUCUUGCUGCUAAGUUAGUUUUGUUAGCAGAAAGGGUGCCAACCAUUAGUGGCUCAGGUGAGGGACUCUCCGCCCCCCCCCAGCCCACCACUACCACGCAGGGGGCCCACAAACGCUCAGUACACAACUAUGCUAAAGAUAGGAAAUUAUUUAAAAGAGAUUUAUUUCAAAUGUAUGUAUAUAUACCUCACUUUAUCAAAAUGUCUGAUGUAUAUACAAUUCCCAUCCCUCUUUCCCUACCUUUGUAGUGUCUCUCUCUCUCUCUCUCUCUCUCUCUCUCUCUCUCUCUCUCUCUCUCUCUCUCUCUCUCUCUCUCUCUCUCUCUCUCUCUCUCUCUCUCUCUCUCUCUUCAUAAAAUUAUGUAUAUACUUUUUCCAUGGAUGCAGUCAGUGGAGGGCCGGGGUGGUGCUGGAGGGGCAGCGGAGCAUCAGUCCAGCUUCGUGCACAUAAUUUCUACCUCAUAAAAGGCACAGGUCAGGUGGGGCAAGGGACCUGCUGUUUCAU